AAAUUUGGUCCUGUUUGGACUUUGUGGGUACCAAGUUAUGGCCAGAGGUUCAUCAAAGAAGAACACAUCAACCGGAGGCAAUGGAAAUGUUGUUGAUAAUUCUUAUUGCUUGACAGCAGGGAUUGAUUGAUCAGCCACGUGAUGAAUCCAACAAACAUGCGGAGCUACCCUUGCAGAUUGUGAAUUUGGAUACGAUCCAAAUGCUAAUUAUCUGCUAUAUACAGCAAUUGCUGUGAUCAGUAUAGUCUUUCUGAUGCCAGUCAUUGCUAAGGUAUGUAUCUAUUUCAAUGUGAUGGGUAUCUGCAAAUAAACGCAUUAGUAAAAAGGGAGAGCCUUUAGCCUCAAUGAAAAUGUCAUUCACUGAAAUUAUUGGGACAUACCUGUGUUGCUGUCUCACUUUUUGCAGAGCCAGUAGAGCUCGUGAUAUAAACAGGAAAGAAAUAAUGGAUCCUAAGGCAAAACUCCAGUUUAAAUCCAAUGUUAUGAAGAAGCUAGAACAGAGUCACUUUGUGCUAGAUGAUUCCAUUGACCCUGGCUUUAUGGAUGGAACCCUUGGAUCUGGCAGCUCUCAGAGGUUGUUUAAAGGCGAUAGCUGUACAUCAAAGACAAAAAUAAAACCUGGCUAUUUGGACGAAGUUGACAUUGAAAAUCCCGCUUUUGGAGAAGACGGCAUAGGCAAAAUAGAUAGUCACAAAUCAAAAAUUAAUGCUCAUAAAAAUAUUACAGAUUCGUUAAAUACUGAUAGCAUUAGGAGCGGAGAAUACGGAGAGCUCAGAAAGGGCUUGUCUUCAGGAGAUAAAGGUGUAACGAAAGCCCCAGAUUCGAAGGAAGCAGAAAGGAAGGAUGAGCUCAUAGUUAGGAGCCAAGUCAGCGGAUCAGCAAACUCGUCAAGAAGAGUCGUCCCUAUUUCAAAAAUGAUGACUGAAAUCCCAAGAGAGGGUAGAGAAGAAACUAAACAUGACGGAACCCUGGAAGAUGUAGAAGAAGAUCUUAUUCUGACAGAAGAAGCUCCUGAAGAAGACUCAAAGGAGGCGAAUCAUGGGAUUAAUAAAGAUUCUGAAAUCUUGGAUACAGACUUAAUGAACCAGAUCGUUCAGGAUCAUCCUUCUGAGGAGUACUCGCCUCAAAGCCAUCCAAUCAAGGACAGGAAAAGCAAAGUUAUGAAGGUAGAGAAAGAUCUGGAAAUGGAAAAGGAGCAAAGCGAUUUAGAAGAGAUCAAGAAGUCCCAAGAUAUAAUCGAGAAAGAAUGGAAAGAACUAGAAGGAGGAGUUUAA